AUGCCAAUAAUUCAAUCAACCCCAGCAGUUAGUCUUAACCCAACUAAUCUAAUCAAAUCUGCCCAAGAAUUAAAGCAAAGCUUAACUGCCAUUGCUCCUGAUGAUAGCAAAACGACUAAAAUAAUCACUUUUGCCUUAGCCGCCACGGCUAUCAUGGGAAUAGAAAAGAAAAAUUUUAAUCCCACUGAUGACGCCGAUUAUCGCACUUUGUUAGCCGAUUACCAAGAGCAAUAUGGCGAAACCUUACCGGAAGCAGAACAAGUAGCCCACGAAAUCACUUAUGAAUAUUUGCUGAUGGUGAUUAAGAGUUUAGUCGGAACUUUAAAAGGAUUUACUUGCCAUGAAGCUGAAUAUAUGGAGGGGAUUAUUUAA